CCACUACUUUUGCUACUGGUUUGACAAAUGAUUUAGAACCAACUUUUGGAUUUAUACCGAUACAUGAUUUAUGGGGUAAUUAUAAAGGUGCAAUUAUCGUUUUGAUCGUGAGUGCUUUGGUAAAUUCAGCGAUUUACUUCAUUUCUCAAACGAAGAAGAACUAUUUUGGUCAUUCUGAUGAUAUUUUCAAGAAAUAUGGCAAUGUAAUUUCAGGUGGAUUAUUCGUUAUUCCUCAUUCUACUGUUGCGACUCAAUUUACUUUUUCCGAUGCUGAUAGUAAACCGGAAAUCAGCUUGGCAAGAAUAGAAGAAAUAUUCGGAAAAGAUUUUGCUGCAACAGCUCCAUAUAGAGCAAUUGCUGAUCUUUUGGUUAAGAAUCUUCCUUUAUUAAUUAUUCAGAUUAUAUAUUUUCGAUCAAUCGUAACAUAUAGCAUUAUUCCGUUUCUUGUAUUGGUUACAACUAGUUUUAAAAUUAUUCUUAGCGUUAUUCAAAGUAUUCUCAAAAUACUUGAUAAUAGAAAACAAAAGGUUGGAAGAGAGAAAGAUGAAAAAGUAAAUGCAGAAAGUGAUGAGGUGUCCGCAUGA